AUGAACGUCACCAGUACCGGAUAUUAUACGUCGCUGUAUCUAAAUCAGCAAAUGAGCAAAAGACGACAACACAUUCCCUAUGACCAAUACUACUCGUCGUACUACCACAAUGACAUAGAAGAUAACUCCAUCAGGGAUGAAGAGAUAAAAACCAUCCUAUCGUCUCCCAAGUCCAGGGCCGUCUCCGAAAAACCAAGAGUCCCCUCCAAAACAUCAUUAUAUAGCCAGUCGUCAUCUCCACCAUCAUCUUCCAAGUCAUCGCGUCCAACCAUAUCUGCAUACUCCUCGGAUUCCUCAUUGGGAACCAGUGAAAUGUUUGUUGCUGAUGAUGAUGACGAACUAGAAUCAGAAGAAGAAUCAGACGACCCUGACAGACUAGCAGAAGAACUCACACCCGCCCAUCUCAAUUACUUAGCUACCCAACCACAAUACGUACCGUAUCGUCCGUCCCGACGCGAUCCUUACCAACCCCAACCUCUUUCCCCCGUUCAACAAAUACACUAUGUUGCUCGUCCACCACGAGUGCGACCCAACAAGAACGGAGACUAUUACAUCAACCAACAAAAAAAGUACGAUAAAGCAUCAGGAGAUAUGAAACCACGACUUUACUCCCACAAGACAUUCAAGGAUGUGUUUAUCAACAAGGAUGAGAAAUUGGACCGGUAUAACCCCAUGGAUUUGGUGUUUGAGGGGAGAGACGCCAAUGCAAACGGGAACAAAUUCUUGAAGAAUGUUCAGACAAUUUUGAAAAAGGAUGAUUAUAAUGACUACAAUUACUAUGAUCACAAGACGAAAGAAAAGAAGAAAAAGAGUCCCGUUAAGGAAGUUUUCGUCAGUGAUGUUGAAGAUGACGAUAGUGAUAUCGAGUCUAUCGACCAGGAAACUUUCUUGAAUGAAGAGCAAAGAAAGAUGAUUAAGAAGAAUUCAACUUUGAAAAAGGCGUGGAAAAAGAAAAUUGCUAAGGCAAAGAAGGAGUUGGGUCGAGAUUUUGAUAAGUUUGCCAUCAAGCAGAACGAAAUUGAGCAUGAAUUGAAGGAGAAGAAAGAAAAAGAGAAGGCGGCAAAGAAAGAGGCUAAGGAGAAGGAGAAGGCUGCCAAAAAGGGCAAGAAAGAAGAUAAAAAAGAAGAAGCAAAAGACCAAGAGAAAGAGGAAAAGAAGGAAGACAAGAAAGAGGAGAAGAAAGAAGAGAAGAAAGAGGAGAAGAAAGAAGAGAAGAAAGAGGAAAAGAAGGAAGAACACAAGAAAGCAGAUGACAAAUUCAGUCCUGGCUGGAACUAUCUUCUUUCUCUUGUGAAAUACGACAGACCAACUGAACCCAACAAGGAAAAAGAGGAAAAGGAAGCGCCUAAGCCCAAACCCAAACCUGCUCCGGUCAUGGAAUCUCCAUACACCAAGAACACGAGAAUAAUCAAGAAAAAUCUCAAGGGAUUCACUAAGAACUCCAAGAUAAUAUUUGGAAAUUGGAAUCAACCUGUUGCAAAUGUGUUGACUGGCGAGUUAGCCAAGACCGACAAGAAAAAGGUUUUAAAACCAGCAAGUGUAAAGGCAAAAAGUGUUCAUAGUAAGAGCAUACACAGCAAGAGUAUCCACAGUAAGAGUAUUCACAGCAAGAGCGUCCACUCCAACGAAGAAGGUGACGACGAUGUCGAAAGUAAAGAAUUUGUCAUUGAAUGUGAUAGUGACAAUUCAGAUGAAGAUAUAGCUGAGGAACUUUACUAUAACCCAAUAACGAAACAACUCGAACCAACACCGCCAACAUCGCUGUCAUCAAUGGAAGUGGAUGAUGUUGAUUCGGAUUCAGAAGCGGCAUCUGUUCAUAGACUUCCAUUAAUGUAUCAAACCAUGACCCAUGCCCGGUCGCUAGCAGGAAGAUUCUUUACCCUUGACCCUCAUACACCGCUUGCGGUAGUGUCCAACUUUGUCAGUUUGAUCAAGAAAAUUGACAUUAUGAGGCGUGUGUUCUCACCCAUUGAUAUCAUGGGCGAAUGGUUUCCUCAAGCCCAAACCUUGGUGAUAUUUCUCGAAUUGGGAAUAUUCAUGUGGAUCUUGUUUGAAUUGAGUCGGUUAAUUGAUGCCUUGUGUAUGAUGAUCAAGGCAUUCUGUGCACCUAUGAUUGCCAUUGGGCGGUUCAUGAAUAAGAUUAUAUAG